UUUGAAGAUAACAAGGGAAAAAAAAAGAUAUCUUUAGUUAUGUGGUUGAUGCUCAAGAUUAUGGAUGGUGGAUAAUCAUAACAUAAUAGUACUUCUAAAACCCUGUGGAUUAAACGCUGAAAGGCUAUGGAUGCACCAUGCUUCAUCAAGUAUAUUGAGUUUUUGCAGUUAUCGCAUCUUAAUUAAUGUUAAGAGAUUUAUUGGUGGAAUGGCUCUUAUCUCACGACCUUGAAUUUCAGUGGUUUACCCAUAUUCAUUCAAUUCUAUGAGAUGAUGUUCAUCCUGAACUAAAAUUAGGUAUUUUGCAGAGGUAGUCUACCCUAAUCCUACUUCAGAGUAAGAGCACUUAGAAAAAUGGGGACUAGAAAGGAUUCAGUGGACAAGCUAGUGAUAUUCCUGGCUAAACGAGAUGGCAUAGACAAACUUGUGAAGACAUUUCAAUAUGUAUCAAAAUUGGCUCAUUGGCAGUUGCAGAAACACAAUUAUUCUUCUAUGGCAGAACGAGCCAAAAACUGGGAAGUAUCCUCUGGACUUAGCAGAAAGGCUUUCAGAACAGGGAGAUUCUUGACAGGAUUCAACACCGUGAGGAGGAAUCAGGAACCCAACUGGACGCUUCAAACUUUAGCAGUGCUUGCCAAUAGUGGAGAGAUGGUUUAUUUCUUCUUUGACCAUCUUCUAUGGUUAGCGAGGAUUGGAGUCCUUAACACCCAUUUGGCCAGGAAAAUGAGCUUCAUCUCUGCUUUUGGUGAGGCAUUUGGUUAUAUAUUUUUUAUAAUUUCUGAUUUGAUUAAUAUUAGGAAAGGAAUUAGGAUGGAGAAGCAGCUUAAAUGGGAGAUUGAAGAGAUGAAUAGUGUAUGCGAGUCUGUUGUUGUGGAGGAGAAGAGGAAGAAAUUAAGUAAUGUGAAGAGCCAGAGGAUUAUGCAGCUCAUGGCCAUAUCUGCUAAUGUUGCAGACUUGUGUAUAGCAAUAGCAGAUAUUGAACCUAAUCCAUUCUGUAAUCAUACAUUAACUCUGGGGAUCAGUGGACUUGUUUCUGCCUGGGCUGGUUGGUACAGAAACUGGCCUUCAUAAACACUUCAACUGGGAUGGACAUAAUCUUGGCUAAACUGUAUGUUUCAAUCAUUUAUCUUUUGAUAUUGUUUGUGUCCAUGGGCUACUUUGUCAAUUAUAUACUAAAGAUCAGUUCUGGGUACAUGUUUAAUGAUUUGGAUACAUAAUUUAUUGAGAUUGGUUCCAACCAGUGUAUGUCAUACUGAAUUUGAAAUGGAGCUGAGCUAGUUUUUAGUGCA